CGCUCUCCAAGCAUUCGUUUCAGGAACCAUUUUGGUCCUCGUCGCAUCUUUCUCUUGGAGGCCGGUCAUUCAUUCAUUUCUUUGCUAUCGUCGCUCGUUUUGUCUUGUACUGCACCAGUACCUGUCCUUGUUCGAUUCCCUCCUCCUUAGAGAUCCCCUCCCCCUCCUUGUUUGUACAACCACAAACGCCCUUUCAGGUGUCACAUUCCAAGGUUGGGGUCUGCUUCAGCCUGAUGCGGUCCGCGCCAUGUCUCUCAAUGGGUUAGAUAGUCCCACGGUCCUUGAAGCCUACCAGGUUGCUCUCACUGAGGCAGGAGGAUGGUUUCUUCUACGCUACGUGUCAAGGGAUGAAAUAGCUCUCCAUGAGCGCGGGACAGGGGGGGUUCCCGAUGUGCGAAAUGCGAUCGAAAACUACGAGGAAUGCUCCCCUCUUUAUGGAUUUCUACAAUAUCGUCGGCGGAAGGUUGUACUCAGCUAUCUCCCUGAGGACCUAUCCCGACUCGUGCGAGCCCGAACCACCGUCCAGUUCCAAUCGGUCCUCGAUAGGUUCUCGCCUCAUGAUACAGUUUUCUCCUUAUCACAACCGUCCGAAUUGACGGAAAGCGCCCUUUCCUCCGCGUGUCUGCUACACACCGCGUCAGGUUCUAUCACUUCUUCUUCGAGCUCGCUCCGCCGUCGGAGACUGAUGGAGAUUGCGGAAGAUGCAGAGGAAUCUCCCGCAAGGGAUACGAUACAGACCCAAGCACCACCUCAGGAUGCCCGACAGAGAUCGUUUAGCCAAGCGUCAGAAGCCACAGUCGUGCCGCCAUCGGUAGCCUCAACUGCGCCGCAAGGGCCCAAAGACGAUGUGUCUGCACCAACAAGUCCCAAUGACGAUCGCGUCAAUGGCCUCACUCAAGCUGCCCCUGUGGAUGCACGGCCGGCUUCAUCGAGGGACCAUCCCGAUGAUUUAUCUUUGACACGGACGGAGUCCCGACAGUCUACGCAGUCGGCGAGGCCUUCUAUACGAGACCUCGAACGCACAGCCGGAAUAAAGCCCAAGGUGAAGCUAGGACCGCGGCCUUCGCUAGAUGAAAGUGGACGGCCGCGCACAGCAGGUAAUCUCGUUCGUAGCGCUGAACAACGCCCUGUCGCUUCUUUGCCUGCUGGUGUACGAGCAUCCCCGUUUCGCAAGUCUAACCCUGCCUUCGCUCGUCCUCGUUCCCAGGGAAAUCCCGUUGCAACCCCAUCCGCCAAGGUGCCGCCGGUACCCCCUCUAUUGGUGCCCCCGUCUACAAUGUCAAUUUCGAGGCCUCAGCUUUCUCCUGGGGCCAAGUCGCUGAGCGCACUAUCUGCGUCAACUUCUAACGAAAAGGAGAGGCUUAUGAAAGCGCUUCAGUUACGCAAGUCACAAAUGCAAAGGAGAGCACAAGCAGCGAAACAGACUGAGGCAGCUAAGGAAGAAAACAACAAUGCAACAUCAGAUCUGAACGAUAUAGGGGAUGUCGGGUCACACUUUGAGCACCAGAAGUAUGAUAGGAGCCGCCAGAGGUUAUCUAGCAUUUCGGAAAAUGACAACAAGGGCCAGGGCCCCGUUAUGCAACCUGAAACAGAGAAGCCUGUCGCAAUUCGACUCGCUGGAGAUCAAGAGCAGGCCAAGGAUCCGUUAGGCUCCACCCAGGAGACGCCAGCUGUAGAGACGGUCAAGGAUCAGUCCGACUAUAUACUGCCGAGUACCACGUACUCACCCGCAAACACGGAAUUGAUUGACAAUGAAAAGACAGCAGAGGGCCCCUCUCUGUCCGAACCUGAGGCGGAUUCUAUCCAAGAAGAUCCAACGGGGCCCACUGAAAAUGAAAUUAAGUGCGGCACCGGCACUUCUAGCGCCGUUGUUGACGUCCCACCUGAAAACAAUUCUCAGAAACCCCCAGACUCGGAGGCAGAAGAAAUUAUCGCAACUCCCCCACCGGCCGACGAGAAGUCUUAUGUUAUAAACAAAAACGUGGUAGCCGUGGCCCCUAAUUCAAACGAAAGCAUCCAACCCCAGUCAAUCCUUCCACCAACAUCUCUCGAAUCCGAGUCGAAGUCAGACUCUGUCACCGACUCUUCAGCCGUGACCAAUUCCAACCACAUCGAGCUGCAGAAUGCGCCACCGUCUGAAGCUAUAGACGUAGACCAAGAGAACGCAAUAACCCGAAAGGAGAGACGCAGACCUGCCCUGGAGCCUAUACAAGUCCCAACUCCCGAUUAUUCCGAUGACGACAUGCUUUCCGAUGAUUCCUUCAUGGAAGAACUGAAAAGCGCCACGGUCGAGGAGGCAAAGCCCAUAUCAGUCGGAAAGUCCCCACUCUCCCCGGGGUAUUCAAACGGAGGGAAUUCCCAAGCUGCGCCUGAUGCAUGGAGAAAUUCGCGUGCGGUUUCUAACCCCAGUGCUACUGGGCAUCAGUUUCCCAACACACCCACAUUAGGUGCUGGCAGGUCCGUUUCGAGUUCGUUCUCACCGGCCGAAACCUCCACAGGGCCAGUGCUAGUGGCCAAAAAAAUCAAUGUUUCUUCUGGAAUCUCCAAGCGCAUUAAGGCCCUUGAGCAGUUUUCAAGCAGCCGUGAUGGACCGGCAACUCCGAGCGCGGGUGUCACUAACCCAACCGCGGCCUCCUUCGAAUCUCUUCGAAAGCGAGCUUCUAUAUCAUAUGGCGGCGGCAACUCGGACAUGACGCGACUUGCACCGGAGCCCUUUUCUCGAGCUGCAAGCUUAAGACGACCUGAAUCCAGAACCAGCACCAAUGCUGAACGCCCCACAAGCUCCGUAUCUGUCACGACACGCAUUGUACGUGAGCCCAUUGCUGACAAGAACGGCUUGAAUACCGCUACGGAGCCCGGCGCACUCAAUCUAGAGGCUAGCCCGCUUACGGUGGAGAAUGGUACCUCGGAUGACUCUUCAUCUCAAAUCCAAACUCUGGAGUCAGCUGCAAACAAAGACGAACUGCGCAGCAAGUCUGCCUCUCCAGCCGACUCGCCUAAACCCCUUGCGGCUGGUGCGCUACCUCGCUCUGAGAGUAGAUUGUCCGUGUCGUCUAAAAAUGACGGAUAUUUUCUUUCGAGAUCUCCCAGUGAAGCCUCGGCAUCUUCUCCUGAAGAGAGGAAGGAGUCUCGUACUUCCAGGCUUCUUCGCCGCAUGUCAUCGCUCACUUCACCGUCGCGCCGAAGCACUGCCAGCUCAAGAAGCGCAACACUCAAGGAGGAGAACAGCAUGCCGUCUGUAGAAGGUCCUAAGAAAACAGUGGAGCCUCCUGCGGCGGUUGAGAUUGGCGAGGUCAAUGUCCAGUUUCCUGAUACCCUUCUUUGGAAACGGCGAUUCAUCCGAAUUGACAACCAAGGCUUUUUAGUCUUGACUCCGGGUAACGUCGAUUCAAGUAAUCGCAACAUGGUCAAACGAUACCACCUGACUGAGUUCAAAACUCCAUGCAUACCUGACGAGGAACGGCAAGAGCUCUCCAACAGUAUCUUGUUGGACUUUGUAGACGGGAGCACUCUUCAAUGCGCGUGCGAAUCAAGGCAAGGGCAGGCGUUUGUUCUCCAAACUCUUGUCAACGCCCAUAGCACUCAUCAGCGACUUGCGUCGAAAUAA